GCACACAACACAAUCAAACACUACGAUCAUUUCUCUUUCAGUUUUUCAACUCCUCUAUCUUCUACCUAGCUAGUUCUACACCAACUCAAACAAAAUGACCAAGACAAAACCAACCCUCCCAACCAGCACCAACAACUGCCACCCUUCUCCUACACAUGUUGCUGCUCAAUUCACUCUUAGCUUGCCGUCCGUUGUGUUCUUUAACCUCACAAUAACAACCCUCACAACCAUGUACCGCGCCUACCAGCACAGAGACAUCACCUUGCUCGCUUUCCUCGCAUUCGUCUACGCAUCCUAUUUCAUCCUCCAUAACUGUGUAGAGGUCUACAGCCGACUUCCCAAGGGCGAAAAGUCGACCAAGAAAGAGCUGCUGAGCUCGUUGCUGUUCUAUGCUCACUAUAUUCAGGAUGCUCAAAAGGGAUAUAAUGCUUGCGCUGAUGAUCAGAAGAAGAGUAGCAGCAACAAGCAUGAUCAUGUACCAAGUGCCCAAAACAUUGUGUAA